CGGCAGGCCGGCCGCCAACUUCACACGCUUCUUCAAUCAAGCUUGACACCACGAAACAGAAACGUACAAGCGAUUGCAAGUGACAAUCUGCUAAGAUAUGCUACGUAUACGCUGCUUUAACCAGGCUCUUCGCUCCAUCUCUGCUCCUGCUGCAAGAUUUGCUUCAACAGUUUCUGCUGUCCCGAAACCAAGAGGUCCGUACGCUUCUUGCUCUCAAGCUAUAGAACUGACAAGUGCAGGUUCAAUCGCUGAUGUCGACACCUUCUUGAAGAAGAUUGGUCGUGAUUUGCACAAAGUAGCUGCUCCAAAGAUUACAGAAUGGCCUCAGCUUUUUCAAAUGUCGGCGCAUGAUUUAAAGGAAGCUGGACUUUCACCGAGACAACGCAAAUAUCUACUCCUCUGGCGCGAAAAGUACAGACAAGGCGAGGAGCCUUAUGCACUACCUGUCAUGAGGAAAAAGCACGGUGGUGAGCGCAAACGGAAAGCUGCUGGUAAGCAGUAGUAAUAAUCAUUGCAUAUGGCACUAGG